AUGGAGUUCGAGGUGAGGUUGGUGGGGGGGAUUGAGAGCUGCUUCGUCUCCCUCCCUCUGCCUCUCAUCCAGACCCUCCAGUCCACUGCCGGGGGCAUCCUGCCCCCGGUUCUUGGCCUCGAGCUCCGUUCCCGCGACGGCGGCUGCUGGAAGCUGGCCUGGUCGGGCUCCGCAUCGAGGUCGCCCGUCAUCGAGGUUGACGAUCGCCUUGCCAGCUGUCUUCUCUCCUCUCUCUGUUGUAUCCCUUCCGCUCAGGCUUUUUGGGACGUACUUGGGUGGGAAAAGGGGUGUUGGCUUGGCUUGCCUCUCGACUGAGCUGGUUUACCUUUAGGUGGACAUGUGCACUUUCGGUACUCGAUCUCGUCUUCGAACGCUGGUGGUCCAUUAAGUUCCCUUUCCGUUGGUUUAUGAGUGGGAAGGGAUAUUUCCUGAGGAGAAAGCAAAAUUGUGCUAGCUAGGGAGCAUUGGAGUCCUGAUAAAGAAUUUAGAGAAAUACAGAGACUGGGUGAGAUUGGGUUUAUAUCUUUGCAACUCAGGUCGGCAUCAUGGCCCCUAGUGGACACUAAGAUCCUGACGAUCAAAAUUCAUAGAGCUGGCUUAACUGUGCAUGGUCUAGUACUCUCUGUAAUGCAUCAGUUUUAAAAGAACCUGGAGACUCUUGAGGUUUUGUGAAAUAACUGGUGAUAAGUUUCAAGUAGUUGCCGUGUGGGAGAAAGAUCUUUGUGGUAUCGCAUCAUGGGCCGACAAUAGAUGGAGUGGAUCUGGCUCAAGAUGGAUGCGUAGUGAGUUAGAUGGAAAGCUGUAUGUUAUUGUACCUGUUGGUGAACUUGACAUGAUGGAAUUGUUCUGAACGAAAUCUAUAGCACACGUUCAGUUGGUCCUCAUUUUCGCAUGACGUCAAUGAGUUCAGUUGUGACUGGGCUCAAGGUUUUGUGUUUGUUUCAUGUUUGACGUUUUGCCCUUUUAUGUACGAUAACUAUGGCUAGAUAGAAGAGAUAGGGCAACCCAGGUGUCAUUUCAUUACCUGUUACUGGUUCGUGGAUUCAGUACAAGAGACUAUUGUUAUGGAGUGCUUGUAAAAAAAAAAGAAAAGGCUAGUAAUUGUCCGUAAGGUUUUGAUUUUGUUAUUAGAUCUGGGAUUCAAAGUUGGUGUAGCUGGGUUUGAAUGAUAAAUAAGAGCAUAAUCGGAUAUGAAGAUCAGGGUGAGUGUUUGACAUGAUUGUGCCAUUCUUUUCCGAAACCAUAGACCAGACCGUUACAGAUUGGUAUGAGCUCAAUUACGUAACCACUAAGACCAUCUGGGCUGAGUGAACUUCGGUACUUAUUUUUAUAAACCUCAUGAAAAAAGUUGGUUGUAUCAGCUGAGUGGUUGGUUUUGAGCAUGGGCAACUUGUAUUGGUAACAUGAAUGGUGACUGGCUAGGUGAUACUAACGUCAAUGCCACUGUGGAACCAUCAUUUCAAUUUCAGAGUUGUGAGAGGCGGUCAGCAGCUACACUUGGUGCCUUUAUGUCGAUAGUGUCAGGAUCUCAAAUAAUAUCGAUGUAUAGUUGAAUAAAUACCUGUAAAAACAGGAAGAUAAAGCUAAUUAUUUUCUAACCGCAGCUUAGAUAACAACUAUCUGAGAGAAAAUAUCAUUUAUCCUCGUCAUAAUGUGACAUACAACGUCAGGAUACUUGCAAAAACAUUCAUUCUUUUAAUAAAAAAACUUAUGAUGUUGGUGGGUGACAGUAUAUUGUUGUUUAAAUGCUUGCAAAAUGUUUGAUUCUUUUUGUAAUAAGCCAUAGGACGUUGGUGAGCAGCUCGCUUAGCUGGGAAAGUAAUUUCUUGAAAUCGCUUCUCAUCACCUGGAGACCAGCUUUUAUCUUUAUUUCUUGAAUCAGUUUUCGGAAUUUGACUUCAUUCCCUUGAUUCCAAUGUAUUGUUGUUUACAUUAAACACCAUGCUGUGGUUCCAUGUUCUGUUAUUUUUAAUAUUCUUCUCCGGACUAAGGAAUUCUGACGUGAAAUUAUUAGGAUCGUUGACCUGAACAUCGAAAAGUAAAACAGAAACAAUCUACAUUCAAAGAUAUUCAUUCUUCUUUAGAAUCAGUGUUGAUUGAAAGAGUAGAUUAGUAUCCCAGGCUUCACUGUGAGAUUUUUUUCUCUCCUUUUACGUACCUGUUUGAUGUCUUAUUCUAUCAUGCCAGUGGAGGAAGAUGACUUAGUUGAGAUAACGUUUUUUUUUCCAUGUGAUAUGCCACUGUAGUUGUUGGCGUGCAUCAUUAUGAUUUGAGGGUAAUAGUCUGUAUUGUUGUAUCGUUUCCUCAAUAGAAUGUAUUUUUACCACUUUCUAUGAGAAACUGAUAGAAGAAGAAUAGAAAAAGAGAGACUUGCUCAGAUUUGGGGACAAGGUUGAUCCGUUUGCAUACAGUGUCAAGGACCUUAUCUGCACGGUUGAUGAUGAGGGGAGAACGGUUGUCUGUUACCUCUGCUUCUUGUUGAGAGUUAAGACGGUAGUCAGUUAUACACUGGCAAUCGCCAAUAUGGCUGUCCCUACAUUCGCCUUGCAAUAAGAAACUUUGAUGACUAUAUGUUCCCCUAUAAUUUGGUCUAUAGCAAUGUCAAGUUAUGUAUGCAGACAAUGUGCUUCAUAUGUUCGGUGCAGUAGAUUAAUAUCUGAUUAGGAUGAUGUUGUGCCUCAGAUGAAUUUAAGCUAUCAUACAUUCGUGAACCCCAUUCUGAUGAAACUGAUUGCCAUUUAUACCUUGAUACAGGUUUCUAAGCAUUUUGCGGAGUGCAUUAGCUUAGUGGAUCAUACCAAUGUUCACGUAAAAGUGGUUGCCAAUUUACCAAGAGCUGUACUAGUCACCAUAGAGCCUAAUGAUGAAGAUGACUGGGAAAUAUUGGAACUUAAUUCAGAACUUGCUGAAGAAGCAAUUUUGAAGCAGGUUUGAUUACUUAUUGAUUCUGUUGACUUGGUUUCUAGUUUGUUGCCCAAAUUCCAUGUUAUGUUGUUUUGGCCAUAUGUAUGACCAUUUUGUUUUCUUUUUUCUUCUGUCGUAAUAUGAGGCAUUCUAUUUAAAUAAAAGCUAGAUUAUAAACAUUACUAAUUUUGUCUGAUCAUUGCAUUUGUAAUAGAUGUCAUAAGAUACUGAUGAAAAUGUUAUGUGGUCUAUUUAUCAUUUACGUGGUCAAUAUAUCUCCUUGCCUGAAUUAUGUACUAUUUCGGAACUUCAGCUUAUACAGAGCUCAUAAGAACGUUACAUUGCCCUUCAGAUUCAAUUGUGGGAGUUGAUUUACUAUAUGCAGAUUUUUUUUCUCAGUUCAGAGUAGCUCUUACAAGUGGUAAACAUCUGUUUCCAUGAAGCUUUUAGUCGCUCAAGAGCAGUUAUUACAAAGACAUUUUAACUAAGUUACCACAUCGGAGAUAGAUAACUUGGAGCUUAUUGGAUUGUCUCACUGCUGUGUCUGUGUUCCAUAUGGUCUUAGAGUAUUGAGGGUUGAGUAUGAGAGAGCAGUCACCGAAUGCUUGCCUAGAUGUGGAUUAAUGUUACUUUGUGCAAUUAAGACACAAGUCAUAUGGAUGCUUUGGCUGUAGUUGCAACUUGGUCCCUCUGAUUUCAUUACCCCAUUUCUUCUUUGUUUAAUCGUAACCUUUAUUGGAUUCACUUGUAAAUGAUCGGUUAUCACUCUGCAUGCUGAGAGUUGAAUACUAUGUUGCCAAUUGAACUAUUCCUUGCUUCAUUUGUUCUGGAGUCAUACCUGAUGAGUUAUGUCCUCUCGUUGGUUCUAAGCAUGGUGUACAAAAUCGGCUGGUUCUGAUCUUGUUGUUGAGAUGUACUUAAUAACAUGUAUACCUUACAUGUUUACAUAUAUGUCCUCAUUUACCUUUCAUUUCGUGUUACAUUAGUGUGUCUAGAACCCUCUAGGGAUCUGGUAUAAAUACUGGAUCCCACUCUCCUUGUAAACAGUUUUUUGAUCAAUAAAGUUUGAGUUCUUCCACGAGUGCUUGGUGCCUAUCAGAGCUCCAGAUUGUGUGUUAUCUCAACUACAUGGUAUCAGAGCCAUUCUAGGGUUUUAAACCCUAUCUUUCAGCACUGUCACAGUUGAUGCUGCUUUGUCGGCGUUCUCUCCAUCGUCUGCUGGAGUUGCAGAUGCUGUACACUUCCGGCAAGGGAUCUUCUCCUUAGUUGUGUUUCUUUCAGAGCGAAUCCAGGUGUGAUUGCUCCAUUUCUUUGCUUCCGCACUGAUCUACUGGUAUGUUACGGUUCUUGCACCGUUUUUCCUUGUCUCUAUUGAGAUUUGUUCACAAAUAUGAUUUUUUCGUGAAUUUGGACAUCCUUUUUAAAUGGAGAAUGUGGGAGACAAUUCUUCAUCAUCUGUGGGGGAUCCAACCUCCACAAGGGAAGUUAAUCUUGGUCCAAGUGGUCCAAGAUCACUCAUUGAACUUCCUGCAAUGCCUGUAGAGUUCAAAUUGACUGGAUACAAUUUGAUUCAAUAGUCAGAAUAUGUUCGAGAGGUAUUGAUUGGAAGAGAGGAUGUUACAUCAUCUGAUUGAGGGAAAACUAAAUCCAUUGUCUCGAGAAUUUUGUAGAUGGAGAGAAGAUGUAUUAAUCAAAACCUGGCUUUGGGGAACAAUGAUUCCCCAAAUUAGCUGAGAUUUUUUCCUUCUAUCUACAGUCAAAGAUAUGUGAGAAAUAGUUCACAUGAAAUUUUCACAAAGAAAUAAUGAGGCACAUUUAUAUGAACUUGAGACAAAAUCUAUGUCCACAAUUCAAGGAAAUAAAUCUGUGAUGGAAUAUAUAAGAGAGUUGAAAAUUUUAUGACAGGAAAUCGAUUAUUUAUCUCAACAUUGAUACAGAAAAACCUACAGAAAUUAUUAUCCUAUGACAUUUUAUAGAAUGAAGAAGAGUUAAAAUUUUUGGCUGGACUUAAUUAUGUUUUUGAUCAAGUCAGACAACAGAUUUCAAGUCGUGAAAGGAAAUGUGAUUUGGAUGAAGCUAUUUUAUGACAAUACUGCAUUUAUGAUUAAACAUGGAGAAAUUAUGAAGAAAGCCUCAGAUCAAGUUAAACAGCCUCAACAUGGCCAAGGAAGAAAUCAGAAGACUGAUUUUCGUGAUAAUCUAUGGUGUACAUAUUGCAGGAAAUCUCGUCACACUAGAAAUAGGUGUUAUAAACUACAUGGUAAACCACAAAAUUUUGGCACUGAAAAAUAUGGCAGUUAAUCACAUUUGGCAGCAGGAUUACUGACUAGUCAGUCUUUAAAUUCCCAAAUCAAUCAACAUUCUUCUUCUCCUCAGAUUGAAGAUAUAGAGCGACUUUGAAUUAAGUUAGAAAAACUAAAGUUGAUAGUGACACAGUUCUUAUCAAUUCAGCAUGGUAUGUUUCACCACUCUCUUAGAGUUAGAGUCUCUUCUAGAGAUAUUUUUAAUAAUUUGGUAGUGGACUCAGGAGCAACAGACCACAUGACCAACUCCCCCAGCCUUUUCACCAAAUACAACCCAUGUCCUAGUGACAGAAAAGUGACUACUGUAGACGGAUCCUUUCUAACCGUCGCAGGUAUAGGAGACAUUAGACUUGAACCUCUAGGGGUUCUUACUAAUGUUCUUCAUGUCCCCAAGUUAUUUACAAACCUCAUUGCAGUUAAGAAACUUGUUAGAAACUCACCUUAUCGUGUCUUUCUUUAUGAUGUCUGUGUCAUAUUUGAUAAGGUACAUCAUCAGAGGAUUGGAAUUUCUAGAGAGUGUGAAGGUCUUUAUCUUCUAGAAGGACUAAGCUAAACACAUCUAGUGGAAGCGGAUCAAUCUCUAGAACCUCUAGAAGAUGUCCUUAAGAUACGAUUACUUCACCAACGGAUGGGUCAUCCAUCUUUUAGCACUUUGAAAAUAGUUUUUCUUACUAUAUUUCGAAAGGUGUCAUUAGACACUCUUAAAUGUAAUGUGUGUGAACUUUCUAAACACACACGUACUUCAUUUCAAUCUCAAGGGGAAAGGAGUGAUGUGCCAUUCUUCUUAAUUCAUAGUGACAUUUGGAGACCAUGUCCGAUUAAUGACACUCGUAGUAAUAAAUGGUUUGUCACUUUCAUUGAUGAUUGUACAAGAUGUAUGUGGGUCUUCCUUCUCAAACAAAAAUCUGAUGUGUGAUGUUCUGAAAUAUUUUUGUGCCAUGAUAAAAAACUAGUUUGGCACUAGUAUUAAAAAUAAAAAAUUCAGAUCUAAUAAUGCUAAAGAGUAUUUUAGCGAAAAUCUGAAUUUAUACUUCCAAAUAAAGGGCAUCAUACAUGAAUCCUCCUGUGUCUAUACCCCACAAUAGAAUGAUUUAGUUGAAAGAAAAAAUCAUCAUCUUUUAGAAGUCACUCGAUCAAUUUUAUUUCAGCAUCAUAUACCUAAAGUUUUUUGGGGGGAGGCUGUUCUAACAGCCACAUACCUCAUCAACUGAUUACCAUCCAGAAUCUUAGGCUUCCUCAGCCUGUUAGAUUCAUUAGCCAAGUUUUUCCCAGACCAUCAACUUAAAACUAGGCUAGAACCUAAGACAUUUGGUUGUGUCUCUUUUGUUCACAUUCAUAAUCAAACCAAAGGCAAACUAGAACCGAGAUCACUUAAAUGUGUAUUUCUUGGUUAUGCUGCCAAUCGAAACGGGUACAAAUAUUACCACCCUCCUACAAAAAAAAUUAUUUCAUUGGAUGUUAUUUUCAUGAAUCUGAUUCUUAUUUUAAAGAAUCUCCAUCCAGUGAUCAACAUCUAUUUUCCACAGCUCAUAUCGAUCAACAUGUAGCUUCUUCACUCUUGUCUUCAGCUGGCAACCUUUUCAUUCUCAUUUCAGUCCCUGAAAUACCCAGUCCUAUAUUGAAUUCGCUUCUUGAAAACCUAAGGUUUGGCAAGGUUUAUUCUAGGCGAGGGGAAAUUCAUGAUUCACCAAAAAUCUAAGAUUCUGAUUUGAGCUUAGAAAAUAUACAACCAUUAACAUCUCCUUCAUCUGAUGAUCCUGCAGUCCUACCUCAUGAAGCACUUCUCAUUGCCCUGUGGAAAUCUAUAAGGGAGUGUACAAAAACACCCUUGUACCCAGCUGCCAAUUUUCUGUCUUAUCACAGACUUUCUUCACCCUAUCAAUCAUUUAUUGUGUCCUUAGACACCACUGCCAUUCUAAAAAAUCUCUCAGAGGCUCUAUCUAAUCCUAAGUGGAAACAAGCCAUGGAUGAUGAGAUGAGAGUUCUUGCAAAAAAUCAGAUAUGGGAUCUAGUGGAAUUACCACGAGAUAAGGAGACUAUUGGUUGCAAAUGGGUGUACGUUGUGAAAUAUAAAUCGGAUGGUUUGAUCGAGAGGUAUAAAGCCUGGCUGGUGGCUAAGGGUUAUACACAAGUAUAUGGAAUAGUUAUCAAGAGACUUUUGCACCAGUGGCCAAAAUGAAUACAGUUCGUUUUUACUAUCCUUAGCAGCAAUUUUCAACUGGAAUAUUUAACAAUUUGAUGUUAAAAAUACAUUCUUGCGUGGUGAUUUGGUUGAAAAAGUCUACAUGACUCUUCCACCAGGAUAUGAGGGUAAUCAUUCAUCUAAUCUUGUUUGCAAGUUAAAGAAAUCCCUUUAUGGCCUCAAACAGUCUCCACAUGUAUCGUUUGGAAGGUUUACAGUAGCCAUGAAGAAACUGAAUUACAACCCAAGUAAUGCUGAUCACACAUUAUUUUUUAAACACUCUUCUUUAGGGGGAGUUAUAGUUCUAUUAGUUUAUGUUGAUGAUAUUAUCAUCACAGGAAAUGAUGAAGGGGAGAUCAAAAACUUGAGCAAUUGUUUGGCCCAAGAGUUUGAUGUCAAGACUUUGGGACGACUCAAGUAUUUUUUAGGAAUCAAAGUGGCACAUUCUUCUAAAGGCAUUUUUAUUUCUCAAAGAAAGUACAUAACAGAUUUGUUAACUGAAACAGGGAAAUCUGUGUGUAAACCAGCCAAGAAACCUAUUGAUCCAAAUCAGAAAUUGUGUAUGACAAAUGAAGAAAUUUCUAUUGACCGUGAGAUGUAUCAACGUCUCAUUGGCCGACUACUUUAUCUAACACACACCCGACCGGAUAUCUCAUAUGUAGUGAGUAUAUUGAGUCAAUUUAUGCAUCAACCUAAAGAGUGUCAUUUACAUGCUGCCUACUGAGUGCUACAUUAUUUGAAAGGCACACCAGGAAAAGGGGUUCUUUUAAAACGAAGUGGAAAGGUAGAGGUUGGGAUGUUUAUAGAUGCUGAUUAUGCAGGCUCAACGAUUAAUCGAAGGUCAACCUCCGGUCAUCUUACUUUUGUUGGUGGCAACCUUGUCACUUGGAGGAGUAAAAAAACGGAAUGUAGUUGCUUGAUCAAGUGCUGAGGCUGAACUUAGGGCACUUGCUCAAGGAAUAUGUGAGUUACUUUGGGUCAAGAACUUACUUGAUGAGUUACAAAUUCCUUUAUUCAGUCCUAUGAAGAUUUAUUGCGACAAUAAGUCAGCAAUCAAUCUAGUGCAUAACCCAGUACAGCAUGACUGUACCAAACAUGUGGAGAUUGAUCGUCAUUUCCACAUGUUGCCCCAAUGUGAUGCUGUUCUCUGUUUUACUGAGGUAGAAAUACCGAAUCUAUUUGAUAUUAAGCUCACUGAAAUCUCGUGGAGUAGUUAUUUCUUAUCUGAUUACUUGUAAUGAAGUUAUGUUUUCUGAUUUUCUGAUUUGUACACUCGUAACCAUCAUAAUGAUUUUCAGACAUCAUAAUGGUAGAUAUUCAUCAUCCAAAUGAUUAACUGAAUUAUUGUCUUAUAUCUGUUUUCUGCAUUGUAUUAAUUUCUAUUCAUUUCAUUAUCGAUUAAAGCAGAUGUGCAUGCCUUUUUGCGAAAGCUCUUUUCCUCUUUUCUGUACCAUCAUGUCAAUCUUUGAAAAUUGCAGGUAGGCAUUGUCCAUGAAGGGAUGAGAUUCCCUUUAUGGUUGCAUGGUCACACAGUCGUGUUAUUCCGAGUCAUAUCAAUGUCUCCUGAGAAAUCGGUAGGUAAGAUUUAUUCUGCUGUUUUCUGACAUAUAUUAACUUCUUUACUCCUACUUCUACCUUGCCAUGAUAUUGUUGUUACAUUCUCUUGUCAAUGUUUGUGUAGACUGACAAAGAUUGAACGCCCACCUUCUGUCACAAUGAACUUAUUUAAUAGUCAUCCUCUUAUUUUUUCACCCUGCUGCUUGUUUGCCACCUUAAGAAGAAACAAUCGUUACACAUUAUAUAUCUUGAGUUGACACCAUUAUUGCAAUGCCAUAUUCUUAUCAAUUGCUGAAAAUGUGAGCCCUUUGUGUGGUGUUUGGAACCCAAUUGUUGUAUGAACUGAGGAAAAAGAUGAUUAUCUAUUUAUGCCUCUCCACUGUCUUCCGUAUUAUCAUUUUUUAUUCUGUCAUGUUUUGUAAGCAAAUCAUUCACGAGUCAAAGUUCUCAAUUAUUACUUGAUUGAUCAUUUUCUAUUUCAAUCGGUAUUACUUGAUUAAAUCCUUUAUGGAAUCAUUAAAAGACAUGUUCUGUAACCAUGAGGCUGUUCCGUAUGAUAUUUGAAACCUUUGAAUGUAAUGCAGCUUUCCAGUUCCUAUAGAUUUUCACAUUUGUUAAGUAGUUCAUUGUUGCAUUACUCAAGGUCGUGGAUCUUAUUUGAUAAGUUGUGCCUGUAUUUCAGUACAACUUGUGCCUGGGACUGAAGUUGCAGUAGCACCAAAAAGGCGCAAGAACAGUAUAGAUUCAUUUCAGGACAUCAACAAAUCACCUUCUACAAAAGAGCAGAUGAGAACAAAAGGCCUACUACGUGUUCAGGCCCAGACAAAAAAGAUUUCUCAUAAGUUUGAGUUUAAAGAUUUUGAGUUGGGGGUUGUUCUUACAUGUGCUGCUUUUAUUCAUCCAGAGACAGCAAGAAACUUGUCAUUUGAUAAUCUUAAAGUGGUUAAAAUAUUUCCAAGAUUGUCAAUGAACGAGAAAAUGUGGAAUCUCAAAGAUGGUAUGUCAGGAAAAGGCAGUAAUUCUGUUGCAGACAGGAUCUUGGAGGCUUCAGCUGGUAGUAAGGGUGCUGACUCUGGAAGUGUAACAGUAAAUCUUUUGUUUUCAGCCACAGUGGCCAAAGGACAUAUAAUGCUUCCUGAGUCUCUUCGUCUUUUUCUGAAAGCAGAGAUUUGUUCAUGUAAGUUCGUUUUCGAAGCACUACCAAGACAGAAUUUAACAUCUCAUUUUUAAUUUUUGUCUGCAUGGUUCAAUUGUUGAUUGAAGACCGUAAUGAAUGACAUCUUAAGUAGUAUCUCACAUCUAACUUCUAUAUGAUAUUUUUGCGUUUAACUUUCGUUUUUUUAACGACCCAAUUAACUAGAACUGAACAUCAUAUUGGAUCUGAGUUUAGUCUAAGCAUAUAAUGUUUUUGUGUCGAUUAUUAAAUUCACGCUUUUACCGUUAAUCAUUGUUAUUUAUAGGGGUUUAUGUCAAAGGAUACACGACUAGUCCAAGGAAAGAUGCGCCAUUCUUGACGCUUUCUCCAUGCCGUUUCAAGUUUUCUGGGAGGAAUAAAUCUGCUGAGAACAAUUCUACUCUCGUGCCAGAUAGGUACAAAAAUUCUAGAAGUAAUAAACUACCACAGGAUGUUGUUUCACGCAUCAGUGCAGACACUAUAGAUUGGUCACUUCAUGAGGAGUUAAUCAAUUCUCUUUCUCGUGAAUCAUGUAACCAGAGUUCUCAAGUGACUGGUUCAAAGCCAAAUGAAAUUAGAUAUCUUAUAUGCUCAUGGCUUAUUGGACAACUAAAGGCAAUCGCGUCUCAUGCUGGUGAAACGAGUAUUAGCUCAGUGGUCCUAUCAAGUGAAACACUAUUUCACUUCGAGUUGAUGAGUAAUGAUUUUGCUGACAGAAGUCAUCAGUUGUCAGCUGGUGUUCCCCUUGGGAAUAGUACUGGAGACUCAACUGUCAAACUCCUUUAUCUACUGACAGCUGCUUUCGAGGGGUCUUCUCUUGAUGGACUUCAAAACUGUUUUGAGCUUUCCCUUAAUUUUGAUGCCUGUGAGAUUAUAUCUCCUCGAGAUUUGCACCUAGCUCCGGGGAAAUUGGAGUUAGGUGAACCUGUUUCUCUCGACACCAUUGUAGAACCUUCUUCUGCAAGAAGUUUCGGUUGCACCGUUUCAUCCUUGAGCUGGAUGGAGGAGCCUAUCUCUCACUCUAUUGGUCGUAAGUUUUCAUUCUAUUUUGGUGCUUCUAGCCUUCAAUGGCACUUAUGUACUUCUGCUAAUUUAUUAGAUGCAGAUUUUCUUGGGAGCACUGCAUCAGUAAGUUUAUAUAUCCAUUGAUUUUCCUGCAGGAUUGACAACUCUGCUAUCUCCGUCAUCUCAGAAAUUAUUAGACACAUUUCAUCUCCCUCUCCCUGGACAUGUCCUCAUACAUGGACCCCCCGUAAGCCUUUUAAAUCUUACUAAUGUUGUUCCCACUUGAUUUUCCUUAUUCUGUGACAUUAUUGUUCGUCUCUUUCCGUGAAUAAAAUAGUUACAUUUUUAAACAUUAAGCUGUAUUUGCAAUUUAAAAGUAAAAAAGUUACCAGGAUAUAUAUAUUCCUACUAAAGAAUAUUACCAAAUAUCUUGCUAUUUUCUUCUACCGAGUGCCAUUUACAUAUUGCAAACCAUGGUAUUAUUCCUGUUUGAAUUGCUAUUAGUGUUGCCAUAUAAUGGAACCAAGGCAAGCAAGACAGCUGUCAGACCUUGUCACUACUUAAAUUUAAUUAUAUUCCUGAAUUCAGUGAAGACAUUCUUUUUUGAUAAGCACAAAGAAACGUUUUACAGCCAAUUUUUUGUCCGAUAUGAUCUGUCAAACCUUACCAGUGAAGGAUGCAGCAAAUGGUUUCUGACAGUAAUUGUCAUCUGGCGUACCACCUUACUAUUGAGGAAUACGUCCCCUCAAAACUUAUCUCCAUCAGACGCCUCAUCUUUGAUUAUCUUACUGAGUCGUAUUUGGCUCUUUGGAUUUCUAGAUGGGUGCUAAUGACAACACUAGAUUCUUACCAGGGACUGGAGAGGUGUGGGUGACAGGGAGCAUUUCAAAAAGUGCAUAAUGACCUUGGCCCCACUUUUCCUCAAUAGUGAAUAUCAAUGUAUAAUAUAAGGCCAUUCCUCAACUAAAAUAUGUCAUCAUAUUGUAGCUGUUUCAAAGUAGUAUAUAGGAACUUGUUCAAUGUAAAUAAAAUUAAGGAAACAAUUGAACCGAGAAUAUUAUCAUACAUAUAACGAGUCCAUAAAUUUACAUUAUUUCUUACGGUGGUAUCUAUAUAAUCAUACCCAUCAGAAGGGUGCAAGUCGACCAAGGAUGAAACAGAAGUGCAAAACUGGUUUCAAGAUGCUAGAUAUCUACUAUCACGUUGUUUUUCACCACAUAUGCUACUAUCAAUACUAAUCACUCAUCAAGUAGGGCAAGAGAAAUUAAAGAGGGAUUACCAAGUCAGUUGGGGCACAGACUCAAAAAAAUCUGACGUGUUGUGUCAAGCAUCUAUCUGGUGAUUAAGGAUGUGUCGGUCAUGUUCUCAUAAAUUGUGGCUAUGUUAUCAUGAUAUGGUUAAAUAUACGGACAUAGUGGUAAUCAUAGUUGUAAGAAUCAUACUGCGCAUAAAUAUGUCAAAAAUUAUCUUUCAGGUCAUAUUGCGGAUUGUAACUAUACAGUAACCACCAUAAUCAUAAAAUGAUCAUCAUAAUAAGUAUAAGUGACAUAGCAACUUGAUGAUCAUGCAAAUAAUAUCCCGAUAAUAUUCUUAUUCUUUUCUUGGCCAUACCUAUAUCAACUAGGAAGCAUAACUUAUGCCAUCUAGUAGAUAACUCCUAGUUAGUUGACACCACUGACUUAAAUCAUAUCAUUCCAUCACAUUAUCUGGUAAGAAGGUCGAGCAUUUCGAGGCAUUGUUCUUUUGUGUGUUGUCAAGAGUUCUCAUCUUACCCCAUGGAUGCACAAUCGAAAACUGCUGUUAUUCCUGUUUGUUUUAAUUGGAAAAAACAUUUUAUGGGAGUUCACGUUGAGGUGUUUAAUCACUGGAGAGGACUGAUCUACCCUAUUGGUCAGGAAAGUUUUUCAGAUGGUAUGCCUCUAGGAAUUACUAGUACUUUAAACUUUAUUGCAUUAUAUAAAUAGAGCUAAAAAAAAUCAAAAUAUAAUGUAGUAGCGGCAUAACAAUGCUAGAAAAAAAAACGAAAAUCAUGAGUUGCGUUAUGUGUUCAGUUGAAUCACAUAUUGGCAUAAAUCUGAGCACACAGGCGGCUGUUAACAUGUGGAAUUCUUUCAAGAGGUAUUGUCAUGAUAAUGAUUCAAGGAAAUACAGUUGUUCUGAUAGCUGUUUGCCGCUCCAUAUGAGACCUCCAUAGAACAUGUAGAAAAUAAAACUUACACGAUGUAGAUGUAUUGUAUAUUAACUGUUUGAUUCAUGUUGAACUAUUUUAAGCCGUGUGCGUUCAAGUGUGGUAACUCCCUCAUUACUUGAAUAUUUAGAGAAGUACACACCAUCAUUUUUACAGAUGAGCCUGUCUUGCUUGUCUGAUAGUUGAAUGGACUUGGAGAGUCCUUCCAACUGUGAAACCAACCGUGCCCCCCUAAACCAAAGUGACGUACCAUAAUAAAGCAUCUGUCAUGGCAUGUUGUUGUGCUCCAAUUCUGCAGAAACUCAUCAGAAAUAAUUGUUAAAAUUUUCUUAUGAGCCAUGGAAUCAUACUAACAAAUCUCUUCUGUUGAGAAAUCACAAUGUAUGCAUAUGAUAGGCAUAUAGAAACCAAGAGAAAGUAGAAAUUUGAGUUUUUGAUACCUAUGCGUUCCAGGAACUACACCAACGAAGAGAAAUGCUUGUUGCAAGUGUGUUGGACAUGCUCUCUAGCUGUAGUGCAUCUUAAAAACUUUUUCGACCCUUACCCUUGUGCACACUUCAGCCUUCAAGUACAUUCGUAUAAAUAUAGAGAUAAUGUUUGAAAUAUCAUCUGGUUCUCCAAGAUAUGUUCUUUUAUGGGUGUGUAAUUUUUCCAGUCAGGCCUCUUGAUAAGUUACUUGUGAGGAAAUAAAAGUUUCUUGCAAGGAGAGUUUACUUUAAAAAAAAACAUAUUCGGUCAUCCACUUUUUUCUUGGAGCUCUAGAAGUACAUGUUGCCUUUCUAAAAUUUUGCGGUAGAAUGAAUGUCUUAUAAUUGAGCACUUCAACUGGAAGCUCAGUAGAACACAAUUCUAGAUUUUCUUUCUUCUAGUUAGCUUCAUCCAACAUCAAAACUCUAGACUUUAGCAUCAUCAGUUGCCCUUCCUCACUGAAGAAUAGGGUUGAUACUGAAGAAAACAAACUGGUUUUCGGUCUCAUGUCUCUUUUAUUUCCUGUGUUGAGCACUACAAUAAUUAUGAUUAUUUAGUUGUGAGAAAGUAGCCUUUGGAUUCUCUAUUAAAAUCAUACCGUGAUUUUCCCACAGUUCUGGUCCAGUAAGGAAGUUAUCUGCUAUGUGCAAUUGAUUCUAUUUUUUCAGUAGUUUUUUUCAGUGUAAAAGGUGAGAAUUUGUAUUUAUAUUGUGCUAUUAUAUUACCUUAUUGUUUAAUUUUCAAGCUGCUUUGGUAAUCGUCACUUUGCUGCUAUGUUGUCAGGGUUCUGGAAAGACUUCGUUGGCCACAGCAAUUGCAAAGUACUUUGAAGAACAUGAGGAGAUCUUAGCACACAUGUAUGAGAGCAAUUUAAUAUGUCGCGUUCAUGCUGGGUUCUUAAUGCCUUCAUGAAUUUCUAUUUUUACCAAUGCUGGACAUCUACCAUUGAAUUCAUUCGAAUUGUUUAAGAAACUGUACAGAUACCUCUGUAAACGGUAGCAGUUGAAUGGCGAAGAGUCUGCAAGACCGUAAUGCCUUCAUGCUGUUCAAUGUUUUAGCAUCACAUGCCCACAAAGAAAGAAAAGUUUGUGAUAAAAAAUGUGGAAACCGUUAGAGAAAAAAAAACUGAUUGGCCUUGCUUAUUUGCAUACUUCAUGCCCUGCCAUAGAGGACACGAUGAAUCUGGUAGAUAUCUCAAUGCAUCAAUUCCACUAUAAAAUGAUAAAUCUGACUCAUUCAUCCUUCUUAUUUUUCUACCUCCAAGUUUCUUAUGUCCGUGGGAGGAAAACAUGAUACUUUCUUUGUUCCUGUUUGGCACCUGUCUUCCAUCACAUAUUUAUGAGAAUAGAUUGAUUUCCCAAGCAAAGCUAUUAUUGGAGUCGGUAUUAGUGAUCUUUUAUCCCGGUCAGGAUGUCCUUACCUAAAUUUUUUUCAAGUGACAAUGCAUCUCUUGUAAUUGUUGCAUCUUCGCAUGGUGGACUUCGUGUGACUGUGGAUUUAGACAAAGUGUAAUCAUGUAGAGAGUCUGUGUUCAUGUGUUCUUGUUUCUCUUCUCUCUCUGUGUCAAUUUUCUCUUUUUUUCUUUUAUGGAUUGUAGGAGGGUUCCUCUUCUGACAACCAUUCCAUGUGGUAUCUUCUUUGAGCCCAGAUAUAAAGAGAAGAUUUUAACCACGUUGAGGGCAAUGCCAGGGUCAUUCAUUUUAGGAGUCCUCUCUCUAGAUCUAAUUCAUUAGCUUAUAAAUAUUCAUUUAUUGAACUUAUUUAAGCGUAAUAAGAAAAAAGAAAUGUGUUACAUUAAUUUGACUUGAUGAAGAUUUUUCUGGCAGAAUAUUCAUAAGUUGUUCCAAACUUUCUCUGGAGAAGGACCAGACAAUUCGACAGACGCUCAGUGUCUACGUAUCUGAAGCUCUUAGUCAUUCUCCAUCGCUGAUCAUAUUUGAUGAUCUCGACUUUCUAUUUUCUUCCACCGAGCUUGAGGGGUCUCAGCCAUCAAAUGCAACCGUUCCUCUUAUGGAGUUUCUUACAGAUGUCAUGGAUGAAUAUGGGGUAUUUAAAUGAAUCUUUCUACAUGUUAUGCACAACAUGAAAGUCACUUUUUGUGCACUUUGUUUUGACUUGUCAACGUAGGUUGCAUUAAUGUUUGUUCUGAUGCGUAUUAUAAUCAGGAGAAAGGACAAAAUGCUUGUGGGCUCGGCCCAAUAGCGUUUAUGGGUUCAGCUCAAUCGAUUGCAAAGCUACCCCAGUCCCUAUGCUCCUCAGGUACAACCUUUGUUCUCCAAAAAAUUGGUUUCGUUAAAGCCUGAUGUUUUUUUUGCCUUUUCCAUUCAUAUUAUGUGUGAAUUCAUUUGACACCAGGGAGGUUUGAUUUUCAUAUCCAAUUGCCGGCUCCUGCUGCGUCUGAGCGUGGAGCAAUCCUAAAGCAUGAACUCCAUAAACGUUCCUUGGAAUGUUCCGAGGAUAUCCUUUCUAGCAUUGCUUCCAAAUGUGAUGGAUAUGAUGCAUAUGACCUGGUAUUUCUUACACAAACCAAUUCAAUAAUUCAAUUAUUAAGGAAUCGUGUAACCUCACAUCUAGUAUGAUUUUUGUUAUUAUAUAAUAUUAUUCAUGUUGGAAGUUAUUGUACCGUGCACACUAUGUUACUUUGCUGAAGUAUAAAGUCCUUCAUGCUCAUAUCAUUUUUUUGCAUCCAAAUAUCUCUUCUCUGUGCUAGCUUCAUUUUGUUCCCUUUCUUCACCUACUUUUGUAACUGUUUAAAAUUCGUCCAUGAUCUCCCCUGCCUUCACUUUCACAGUUAAACGUCCACGUCCUCAGCUGGUGCAUAAAGUCAUGUUAGAACUUGAGCAAAGGUUUAGUUGCAUAAGCAAAGGUUUUCUAACCCCAUGUAGGGUAAAGUUGAAAGGUUCUGUGCUGACUAUAUUCCUGUUUCAUUACACUUUUUUGAUAACGUGGGCUUCAUACAAACUCUGUUUCCCCAUGUCUUAUUAUCAAUAAUGUCUAAAAUUGGAAGAAAAUGAGUGGGAGCUUGUGUUACAGUUUACUUGAACAAACUCAGCGCAACCUGAAUUGUCUGUAUCGCUUAAGACUCAAUCAGUUGUGAUAUGCAUGGAGAUAUCGUGAGUCAGAUUGAGCAUAACAGGAAAUAGGGUUAGGAUUUGGACGUAUCAGGAAGACUUACUGGUUCUCAUCAGUUGCGAUUCGUAUGAUUCUGGUGUCUUCCCUUGUUGGCAUGGAGUCUACUAAUUCUGAUCACAAUUUUCUUAAAUGAGAGAUUUAUAGGUUUAUCACUUUUUCACAGGCUUUUCUAUCCUUCAAAAAAUAAUUGAAAAUCUAUAAUAUGUAGAACAUGUACUUUAUUGAUGCAACUCUUAGUUUCUGAUUUCUUGAUCUACAGUGUAAUCACCCAUGAGUUUCACCGUUAUAUGUAUAAUUCUGGUCAUAGAUGCUUUAUGUUUUCAAGGCAGCAAAAGACGCAUUUCAUUGGAAAGAAAACAUACAAAGUUUCUAUCUCAUCCCUUCCAUAAGAGCAGUAAUGUUUCCGUUUAUUCUGGCAUACCGGCAGGAAAUUUUGGUUGACCGGGCUGUUCACGCUGCAAGCCGUCGGUUUUUGCUUUCACAUUAUGUGGCUCAAGAGGAUGAAAAACCUACGUUAGUAACUGAAGACUUUGUGCAAGCAAUGAAUGGCUUUGUUCCAGUUGCCAUGCGUGGUCUCACCAAACCUGCUUCUGAAGGUGGUCGUAGUGGUUGGGGGGAUGUUGGAGGGCUUAAUGAUGUUCAGAAAGCUAUCCAAGAGGUUAUAUUUGUCUCUUUCCUUAAAUAGACUGCUUAGGUAGUUUUAUUUGAAGGUAAUAGUAUUGCCAUAAUUAAUUAAAAAGUAGGAAAUAAAAAUGGAUACUUUGAUGUGCCAUAUUAUAUGAUUGGUAUCUUUCUGACGAGGUGUUACUAUUUAACUGUGUUUUUCCUGAUAAGGAAAAUUUCCCUUAAAUAAUGGAAUUUUCGUUAUGUUUAUUUAUUUUGAAAAUAAAUUUUGCUUGUUCGACCAAUCAACUAAAUGGAUAGCACAUUCGGUAAAGCAGCGUUCAUUAUCUGAAUCGGCCAAACCCUCCCUUGCGGAUAUCAGUCUCUAUGAUAACUGGAUUUGGACAUUUUUUUCCCCUACUUAAGAUAGCAAUAAAUUACUUUGCUUAACUGAGAGAGUGAAUUUUUUGGACAAGAUAUGUGCGGAGAUUUUGGCAGCUCAGCUAUAUUCUCAAAUAAGAAGCCAAUACAUUAAUAAUAUAAGCAUCAAUAUAUAAUGAAAUGCAAGUAGAAAAUCUAAAUGCACGUUUAAAAUGUCGAUUGAGGUCAGAUCACCUAUUUACUUCUGUUAAAGUUAAAAUGCAAUGAGGGUCCAAACCAACAGAUGUCUUUUCUGUCAGGAUCGCAAAAUCUAUUAAUGUUCGCCCCAUCUCUUCAUAAGCAAAUAAAGAUUCAGGUAACAUAUAGUUUACGACUGGUACAUUUCGGUUCCUUAUUGAAGGUCAGAAUUUUCGAACUUCAAGGAACAAUAUCCCAUCCAGCUAUUCAGAGGGGUUUUUUGGUGGAGUCGAUCCUUUUUUAUGUGCCUGGCAUAGAACUCUUUUGCAACUAUACAGAGACAUUGCUUUCUUGUGGUUCUCUUUUGGAUUAUGUUUCAAGUUAUAGCUGCAUUGCUAGUAACCCUAGUAUUCUAUACAAACCUAACUUCUUUAUGUAUAUAUUCAAUAUCCCGUAAUUUACCUUCAUAUGCCUUUCCUCUUUUAUCCUUAUUAGGUUUAUCUUCCCUUGAUAGGAUUUCUGGUCUCUUUAAUUGUGCUCUGCUUUUUGUGUUAAGUUUGAUAUCUUUAUUUUCCCCUUUUUCGUUUACAGAUGGUAGAAUUUCCUUCAAAGUUUCCAAAUAUCUUUGCGCAAGCACCUUUAAGGAUAAGAUCGAAUGUCCUCUUGUAUGGACCUCCUGGAUGUGGUAAAACGCACAUUGUUGGUGCUGCAGCUGCUGCGUGUUCUUUAAGGUUUAUAUCUAUCAAAGGUCCUGAACUGCUGAACAAAUAUAUUGGUGCCUCUGAGCAAGCUGUAAGAUAUCAAGCUAACCUAAAUUGAUUCUAAAAACUGGACAACCAUGAUCAUAGUUUCUCAUGUUGGAACUCCUCUGGUGAAUAUUUGUACAAUUUGGCUUGAUCCAUAUCCAUCAAUAUAUUCCAUUCAUUUUUAUCUCUUUUUUCUUGUUUUUCAGGUAGUUCAGUUGAUGAGCACAUUCUUCAUGAAAUAUUUGAUUUCAUUAAAGCAAGAUCACCUCAUAUCUCACACAUUGCAUAAAAUAGACUGUUCUGAUUCCUAAAUGCAAAAAAAAGUUAUUUUAUGAACGUCCUAAUUAACCCAUCCAAAUUAGAUUUACGAAUGUUUAGAUUAUUUGCCCUUUGUUUCUUUUUAAUGGAGUUUUUUUUUCAUCUAUGAGCAGAAUUGAGGACCUCGAUUCCUAUCAGAUCAACCAUUUCAUUAAACCAUGCUCAUUAGUAUUUGUUGAAGAGUCGUCAUUAUCUUCAUAAAACCAACUUCUCCAUGCAUAUGGGACUCCCUGCUGAAGAGUCGUCCUUAUCUUCCUCUAUCUAAAAGGCUAAAAAUCAGGUUCUCCGCCUAACUGUCACGGAACAGCAGUAAAUUUCUCCAUGCAUAAUUAUUUUUAAGAAACCUCGAUAUAAGUUUUUGAUUUAGGCAAAUAUUCCCCUUACAACAGUAUCUUCAUUCCGAGUUUGUUCCUUUGCACUAGUUCCAGUGUGAAGACUUUUGCAUUUCUUUCCCGUUCAUUUAGAAGUUGUAUGAGAGCUCAAUUUAAAUCUUUGAUUUCAUAUAGUUUACUUUAUAAAAGCCUAUCACUUGUACUGCCUCAUAUAUUUUCAAUUGAGGACACUAUUGUGUAUAUUUGAGGGCUCCUGGUCAACCUUAGUUCAGUAAUUAUUCUUUUUUGAAAAAUCACUGGGGCCUCAAAUUCCUCCAAAAGUUUUCCCACUAGACCCUCGGCAGAAGCUUAUAAUUUUCGUCAGCAUCUUAAGAUCAUCAUUUCCAUUCAACCGAAUUUACAUCUGUACAGCACAGUGGUUUCAUAUUGAGUGUAUAUAGUUUAAUGAUUGGAUACCAGAGUUUAUGAUUAUCGUUUCCAUUCUGAGGACGCUAUGUAUCUAUCAAGUUAAAAUUCGCCAGGACACCCUUGUAAAUUAGGUCUCCAGAACCCACUACCAUAGGUUUCUCCUUCAAUCAUCCCACAUUUUCCUUCAUUUCGCUUUGCAUUCACCUAGAUCAACUGAUUUGUUUUGUUACAGAACAGCCAAUGUGGAGCUUACCUUUUAUAAGUGUAAGCUCAUUAAAAAGUUAUCCCUCUUUAAUACUUCAUGUGGCUCGUAGGCAGAAGUAGAUGCCCAUAGGCAGAAAUUAUUUUUCUUGUAACAUUUCUUCAUUUCGCGGCACAAUCUGCCCUUAAUCACACCCUGUUUGGCUGGAUAUUGAUUAUAGAGGCAGUAAAAUUGAAUUUUCUGGCAGAAAACUACGGAGAUUAUGUUGCCUGAGUUACUUGAUACAGAAAUUGCAUUGUGAAUGGAAUUCUUCCGAAGGUUUGUUGUUAGUUCAUAUGGCCACAGGAGAUAAAAUGCUAUAGGCACAACCAACUUUGUGAAGCCAGCUAUUAUUCUUCCACCAUUACUCAACCUGCGAGCAUGACUCUUUGUAUCAGUUUGAAACAGCCAAAUUAAAGCCUUCAAUGAUAGCAUGGAGAUAGAGGUUGAUAGAGAGAGAGAGAGAGAGAGAGGGUAGGAAGUUAAUAACCAGCGCGAAUGCAUGUCCUUCAUCCAUAUCAGCAUCUCCAACAAAAUUAUCGGCUUGUUCGUGAAGAUUUUCAUGACUUUUCAUAUUCAAAUAAAAAUUGACGAGUAAUAAUUGAUAUACUACGUGUUUAUGCCAUGUAAGCGUUAACAGAUAUUAUUCAUAACAAGAUAGUUACAUUUGAAUUGUAAUUUUUACUUUUAAUAACUAUUUUUUCUUGUGUCAAUUGCCUUCUAAGAUGAUAUCGCUUCCUUUUAAGAGCUAUACAUCGGUUCCUCCGUGUAUAGCUCUUUUAAGAGUAAGAUGAUAUCGCUUUACAUGUCUUGCAAUCUAUCCUUGUCAUUUUUUCUCUAUUCCGAUGCUGCACUUUGAUAUUCUCUGUAGCUUGAUUUUCGUUUUGUAAUUAAUCUUCUGAAAUACCCUCCGCAAAUUAUUAAAAGUUGGCCUUCCAUUGGACACCCUUGUCACAUAUUUUUAUUCCAGGUUCGUGACUUAUUUACAAAAGCAGCUGCAGCUUCUCCUUGUCUUUUGUUCUUUGAUGAAUUCGACUCUAUCGCGCCAAGGAGAGGGCAUGAUAACACUGGAGUCACUGAUCGUGUUGUUAAUCAGGUUUUUUCUUUAGUGUAUCACUUUCUGAGCCAGCUUCAAGUGUUGUUCCUCCAGUUUUGGUUGUAUUAGUGUUAUUUAAUAUUUUACCCUCCUCUGCAGUUGCUUACAGAGUUAGAUGGUGUGGAAGCAUUGACCGGGGUAUUUGUAUUUGCAGCAACUAGGUUGGUUUUCUUAUCUUAUGUUACAGAGAAUGAUAGAAGUUCUAGUUAUUGCAUCGUCCAGUACUUUCAAGUAAUUUUCGGCCGGAAGACUAUCUUGCCAUUCGCGUGGGCAGAUUAUCAUUUCAUCGUCUUCAAAGGAAAUAAUAGAACAAUGGGGUGGGAUUAAUAUAUCAGCACCAACUUAUUUAUACUUUUUGAUGAUAAUCAUGAUGAAUAUUAUCCAUCAUCAAAAUUACAUUUUUUUCUUUUUUUUCUUUUCUUUGUCUGUACCUUAGUUGUUCCCCAAAGAACCACUAGGAGCAGGAUAUUUUGUUUGAUUAUUAUAAUGUAGGGGGUUGAGGCCAUAUCUCAAUAGGUAAUAAUUGAAUAACUCAUUAAAACUUAUUAUGAGCCAAUUAUUUUGGCAUGUCCUCCUAUGAUUGACAAUGUCCCUGGCUAACACUACGCCUUGGAAAUUUUGCCACAGUUUCCACCCACCACUCGCCGUUUUAUUCCUAGCCAUUGAUAAUGCUCACGACAUUGCAGUGUAGUCACAUGGUAAUAUCUUCAUGUGUUUAUUGUACAUAUAUACUUGGUCUUCUACCUCUUAUUUUCUUGACAUUUCUGACUAUUUUUAGUUGCAUCCUGAUGAAUUAUAACAAAAUAUUUCUCAUUUUAAAUUUUGCUAAAAUGUACCUUGUUUUUAUAAUUAAUCUAUUAAACAUUUUAUAUUAUGAAAUAGUCGACCAGAUCUGCUCGAUGCUGCACUUUUGCGUCCAGGAAGGCUUGAUCGUCUUCUUUUUUGUGGCUUUCCAUCUUGGCAUGAACGAUUGGCUAUUCUUCAGGUUCUUUCCCAAAAGGUAAGGAUGUCAUUAUUAUGCAUUUUUUUUGGUUUCCUAGUCAUUUUCUUAAAUACGUUGCUCAAUCCCGGAUGACAGAUGUCCAACUAUUUGGUUCAUCCUGCAAGGCAAUAUGGAAUAUAAGCAUGUGAAUGAUGUUUUUAACAGAAGAUAGUUUUGAAUAAGCACUAAAUAGAUUAUUCUCAGUGGUUAAUCACAAAAUAAAUUGUUAAAUUCAAGAUAGUCUCAUUUCUCUUUCUACAGAGGAUUAGGUUUGUAACCUGAUCCUGCCUAGUUUCUAUCGUUUUGGACCUUGAAAUCAAGCCUUGAAGCGAAAAUAUGACUGGCACAAACUGCUUAUCCAGGCCAAGCUUGGGCUUUGAUGAGGUCUGACCGCCCAUAGGCUUUGAACCCCGUCCAACACCCCUAGGCCUUCUAACUGCACCUAUCCUUGCAGAGGAUUCCAUCGGAACCAUUACAGUAGGCAGAGAUUUCUGCUGUAGUCUCCAUAUUCCAUGUUCUAGAAUCCCAACUCGAAGACUUCAUUCUUUUUAUCAGUUUACCUUGUGGAAAAGCUUGCGUGUUCCAAAGAAGGGCAUUCCUCAACGGAUAUUGAUGUGGUAUUUCACUUUUGGUUAUGCUUUAUGGUGUUGCUUUUCAGAGAACAGCUUCCCUAAUUUCUUUAAAUAACCAAACUACUUCAACAUUCGCUACUGAUCACUUCUUCUCUGCUCGUGUUGGCUGAAAUUUUCGCUACUUCUGUUCUCCGUACUUUGUAAUUACAUAUUACGAUUGGUGUGCAUUCUGGGUUUGAACAGCUCCCCUUGGCAAGUGAUGUCAAUCUGGAGGCAAUUGCUUCAAUGACAGAGGGCUUUAGUGGUGCCGACCUUCAAGCACUACUUUCUGACGCUCAGCUGGCAUCUGUCCAUGAACUCCUUGACCACAAUGACGCUGAGAAGACCAAUCAAAUGCCUGUUAUUGGCAAUGAACUCCUCAGGAACGUUGCUUCGAGGGCAAGACCAUCGAUUUCAGAAGCUGAGAAGCAGAGGCUUGAUUCCAUAUACAGCAACUUCUUGGACUCAAAGAAGUCCGUCACUGCACAGGUUCGCUGCCUUUCAUUUUAUUUUUUAUUUUUAUCUCUUGCAAUCAUAUGUGCCUCCUUGACUCGCAUCCAAUAUCCAUCAUGUGAAUACCCAUGAUAGAGGUCAAACCGGACAUGGUCGCCUCAUCACAGUACUAAGGUAAAUGGUGGGGUGAUGCCCACUUACUCCCCGACUGUUAAUAGCUGUCGGUGGACUGUGCUAGUAGAAUGGAAUGACUAGAUCCACCCAAGAGUGGAAGAGGCCGAUUCCAGGCAUGGUCUCUUGACUAGCCCAUGCUGGCAGAAGAGCCAGAGGAUGAGAAAAUGGCCCAGAAAGAAAACCUUAGCUAGUUUCAUCCCACUAUCACCAGCUACUGGUCAGUAGGCACCUGCAGUGGGUAUUUUUCUUUCCACAAGGUCAUGUUUCUAUAUCCAUUUAUACAUCUACAGCAGAUAAAUACAGGUAGCUAAUCACUUGUCGGCUUCGCCUCCAUCUCUGCUUUUGGCUUGCGUCUUUUACACCUUGAGCUCUUUCUUGCAGUCGAGAGAUGCAAAAGGUAAAAGGGCAACGCUGGCGUAG